AUGGCAGAGCCUAAAACCAUCCCCUUCAUCCUACGCCUCCUCGUCGCAUGGGUCACCUACUACUACACCGUUUUCUACGAAAACAUCGCGAAGUCCUUCGUAGGCUUGAUAGAGUCGGGAGUGUUCGAGGACGCUGACGAGGAGUCCUCAUCGCUCGGGGACGAUUACGGGGAGAACCGCCGUCACAGAGCGAGAACCGCGGUGCUCAUCCCUAUCAAGUACCUGGCGUUAGGAAUCUCCUACGUCGACAUGUCGUACCUCGACGCAAUUAACCCGCACACUUCCAGCCCGACGGACAGCGCACAUGCUACGAGGAAGAUCUCCAAGAUUCCUCACGAGACAGCGAGCGAGCCCCGCACAUCACGGCGGUCGCUCUUGCGCCUACCUUUGGUUCUCCUCCUUCCGCCCCUCUCCACCCACCUCCCCUCGCCUUUCCCGCUAAUUGCGGACGCUGAAGCCGCGGAGACAGCCGCAGCAAACAGCAGCAGCGGCGGCAACACCAGCAGCAGCAGCAGCAGCAGCAGCAGCAGCAGCAGCAGCAGAGGUGGCACAUUCACGGAGGUGGAAGGGGGAGUGCAAGUGGCGGAUAUUCGGCAGGGCACAGGAGCCAUGCCGAUGGACGGACAGACGGUGGCAGUGCAUUACUACGCGCGGCUGGGGGCGAAGCAGGGCUGGCGGUUCGACAACACGUUCGAGCACCGCGACGCGAGUGGCGAGGCGAUUCCGUAUGAGUUUAUCGUCGGGGAUCCCAAGGUCAUCCAAGGCCUGAGCAUUGCCGUGCGGGGCAUGAGGGUGGGUGGUGUGCGCAGAGCCAUAAUCCCCCCCAACGUAUCAUAUCAAACCAGAGAGAAUCUGCCGCUUCCCCCCAGAUAUUCUGACAGACAGCGUCUCUUCACAACGGUUUUCAACCCAACACGCUUGGCAAAUGGGGAAGGUUCUUCACUUGGCACAGUCAUAUUCGAUAUCCAGUUGUUGGGGAUCCGAAGCCCAGUGUAA